CAGCUUUUCACCGUAUGGACGCAUCCGACGCUCUGUCCCUGUGAAGACUGAGUCUUCGCCGUCUCCGGAUUUGUUACCGGCUUCUGCUUCUCUCCAAAAUAUUCGCUUCUCGUUUCGCUCACAGCCCUCUUCAUCCCACGGUUCUUCUCAUUCAUCUUCCCGUCAACCAUCGGAAGCGCCUCCACUUGUCCCCCAGUCUGUCUAUCGUUUCACUCAGGAUACUUCAUCAGACUACGGACUCAUGUCGUCCGUCAACUCUUGGUCUCCUCAGCACGAAGAUUCUCAAAUGGAUGGACACAUUGGUCUCCAGAAUGCAAUGUCGUUCAGCGACGAGUACGACGAAGUGGGUGACCUCAUAGAGUUGCCCCCCAUGGCUGGGAGCAGUGGUGGUUUGGGGCAUCUUUCAGGCGUCACAGGAGAGAAGCCAAUCCGUCGCAGGAGUAGCAAAGCAUGCGACCAAUGUCGUAAAUCUAAAUGUAAAUGCGAGCGCACAUCUCCCGAAGAGCCUUGUCGCAGCUGUGUGAUGCUCGGUACUCCAUGCACUUUCCUCGGGCCCUCGCGGAAACGAGGACCACCGAAGGGAUACAUUGAUGCCAUUGAGGCUCGCCUUCACCAAACCGAGGCCCUCUUGGGGAUCAUGAUAUCAUCAGAGGACCCCAGAGCGCAGACGCUUCUCCAAGACAUUGCGCAGGAUUCUCUUGCACAAGAGAUCAUCAACCGCGUCGACAAUUCCCCUUACGGUGUAAAGGGUCGCAAAGGCGGAAAUGUCGACAAAACAGCUGGUCCUUCCAAGUCGCGGCACUUGACGGCCGAAUUAGCUUCUCAGAAAGCUGAAGACAGCAAACCUGAACUUACAUCAACACAUCCAUCUAAUGAAUGGCAGGAUCGAGUCACGCAUAUGCUUGACCUCCUUCGCCGAGACGCAGCCACCCGGUCUACUGUCUCCGGCCCUUCAGACCUACCUUUACAAAGUUCGAACCAUCAACAAACAUCCCGUUCGGCACGCGAUUUGCCUUCUCUGAUAACUUCAAUUCCAUUGAGCCGGUCAACUUCGUAUCAGCAUCCUGAAUAUGAAUCAGCAUCUGCAAGCGAUGGUAGCCACUCACCUGGGAGGAGAUUACGACGAAAAGUCGAAAGCGGCGAUAUACCUUAUCCCUCUUCUGCUCCACCUUCCGCGUUGUCUCCCAUCCGUUCUAACAGUACGUUUGAUUUCCGCUCAUCGGUAUCACCGGGGCGUGCAGGGAAGAGCGCUGGUGGUAUUCGGCGGUCUGUAAGUAACACUGCAAACAGAACGGUACCAACACGGAGUGCCAGUCCCUCCGGAAGCUACAGUUCGGAGAGUAAUGAAGAAGAUUUCCUUGGUGCCGUCGGUCAGUUAAGUUUGAAUGAGGACGAGGAGGUGCGUUAUCAUGGUAAAGCCAGCGGCCUUUACCUCCUCGGGGGAACAGAACGACAUGAUAGUAGAAAUGAAGGCGGUAUCUGGCGCUUCCCCAAAGCCAGGGUAUGGCCCGCCCUACCCACUAGUAUUCCUGUGCAGGAGAAAUUAUCUACCGAUCUUCCUUCAUCUGCCUUGCAAGACCAUCUACUCGAUCUUUAUUUCACAUACGUGCAUCCAUCUCUUCCAGUUAUUCAUAAGCGCUCUUUUCAAGAAGCGUACAAAGCUGGCCCCGACACGCCACCGUCGGAGUCGGGCGCUCGGUCUCCUUCAGGAUCUCCCUUUAACCGCCGUUCUCGACAUGUACCGAACCUUCUCCUCCUUGUCAUGUUUUCCCUGGCUGCCCGAUACGCUGAUGACCCUUCAAAUCCAAUGCUACCGUCCGACAGUCCCGUGAUGUGGACAGCCGGCGACGUUUAUCUCGACCGCGCUAAGGUGCUGCUUGACGGGUCUUACUCGAGCUCAAGACCGGCGACCUGUCAAGCCCUGCUCCUUAUGGGAUAUCGAGAAAUUGGUAUAGGGGCUAUGGCCCAGGCGUGGACCUACAUUGGUAUGGCCAUACGCAUGGCGCAGGAUUUAGGUAUGCACCGGAGUGCAGACGGCUGGGCACGGCGAGAGUUGGGCGGGAAACUCUUUUCGGAUGCGGAGUUACAGACUCGACGAAGGAUUUGGUAUUCAUGUGUUGUCAUGGACAAGUACGUCUCGUCCUACAUCGGUCGGCCGCUGGCCAUAUUUGAGCGGGAUUUCGACACUCAAUUGCCGAGUGAGUUAGAUGCAGAGGAACUGGAAGACUGGAAACCGCAUACCCCUGUAAUACGCGAUACCCGAGAAAAAUCUGGGAGACCAGGGAAUAUUAUAUCUUGCUUUAAUGCAUCAGCCACUUUAUCAGGUAUAAUCAGUCGGAUUAUCCAAGCCAUCUAUGCUGUUCAUCCAGUGUCCAGCCGCCAUGCAGAGUCGGUGUACCUAGAAGGUAUGCUCGACAAAUGGUACCUGGAAUUGCCCAUCCAUCUCCAACACGAUCCCGUAUCUUUAAAACACCCGGUCCCGCUGCCACAUGUCUUGACGCUUCAUAUGCAAUACUGGUGCGCAGUCCUCCUCGUACAUAGGCCAUUUAUUAAGCAUGGCAUCCGAAGUCCUAACCUUAAUGAAGAAGAUGGUCGUACGACGUCGCAAAAGAGCUAUGAGCUCUGUGCCGGCGCCGCGAACCAUAUCACUGCUAUUGCCACUUUAUACAAGGAGACAUACUCUUUGAAGGGAUGUCCUGUUUUCCUUUGCUACUAUGUCUUUACAGCUAGCAUUAUGCACGUUACGAGCAUGUCUGGCUACCCCGGGGACCCCCAAGCACGGUUACGACUCUUGAAAUGUAUGGAGGUUCUCAAGGCUAUGGCCGUUCUCUGGCCAAGUGCUGGACGAGCCCAUGAACUUCUUCGCGGUGCCGAAGUGAACUUCGGAAACCAGAUCUGUCCUGCUGAGCCGCUCAAAUCAGCUGAUCGGUAUAAGCGUCCGGCCGAAGGGUCUCUUGACGACUCCUCUAAUCGCGUUGGAAUGCAACCUUCAAGUUACGCCAACAUGCGACCAUCUAAUAACCACACCGCUUCUAGUCUUCAUCCACCUCAGGCGUUUUCUGCAAACGGCGCUGUGGACGCCCAGUAUACCCCGUCUUCGUCAUACUAUUCAUCAUAUGAUCGUCAAUGGGCGUCGGAACACUCGAGCCACAACGUCUCGUAUCCUGGACCAUUAUCUACCUCUGCCCUUCCGCAGGUGUACAGUACUGGUCUAACUGAUGGGCGUCCUUCGGUAAGCCGAACUGAUAGCCACGGAGUGGAGCAUCAUCCCCGAUAUCCUCAAUACUGGAAUGAUUAUUCCACUUAUUCGCCUUUAAGCCACGGGGUUGAAUACCCUCAGGCUGGGGUGGCUCAUGAGCCUCAAAAUGCCCUCGCCCAUUUGUUCAUGCCGGAACAAUAUAACGUUUAUAAUAAUACCACUUCGUCCAACCAACAGUAAUCCAUGCCUUUGUCCUUGUUUUGUAUUGUAGCAUUUCCUUGUCCUUCGCUCGGCUAGUUUAUGAUAUUUCUAUUAGAAGACCCAAAAGUUUAAAAUCUAUUUGCUGUAUCCUGUAGCCUUUCUCGGUCUCCCUCCACGCCACUAAUGCAAGAGUAAUCGGAUAAUUAAUAACCUACACUGAUCGAUAGUGAUAUACAUAGCC